GACAGCCCUACGUUGCUCAUCACCUGCCUUCCCCCCACAGCCACCCCGUGGAGAGCCCCCAAUAAGAUCGACCUCUACGACGUGCGCAGGCGGCCCUGGUACAUCCAAGGUGCUUCCUCCCCAAAGGACAUGGUCAUCAUCGUGGAUGUGGUGAGUGGCCUCACCCUCAAGCUGAUGAAGACCUCGGUCUAUGAGAUGCUGGACACCCUCUCGGACGAUGACUAUGUCAACGUGGCCUCGUUCAACGAGAAGGCGAAGCCGGUGUCAUGCUUCAAGCACCUGGUGCAGGCCAACAUCCGAAACAAGAAGGUCUUCAAGGAGGACGUGCAGGGGAUGGUGCCCAAGGGCUCCACCGACUACAAGGCUGGCUUUGAGUACGCCUUCGACCAGCUGCAGAACUCCAACAUCACACGUGCCAACUGCAACAAGAUGAUCAUGAUGUUCACGGAUGGCGGCGAGGACCGGGUGCAGGAUGUCUUUGAGAAGUACAACUGGCCCAAUAAGACGGUGCGGGUCUUCACCUUCUCCGUCGGGCAACACAACUAUGACGUGACCCCGCUGCAGUGGAUGGCCUGCGCCAACAAAGGUUACUACUUUGAAAUCCCCUCCAUCGGCGCCAUCCGCAUCAACACGCAGGAAUACCUGGAUGUGCUGGGAAGACCCAUGGUCCUGGCCGGGAACCGAGCCAAGCAGGUUCAGUGGACCAACGUCUACCAGGAUGCCCUGGGGCUGGGCCUGGUGGUGACGGGCACGCUGCCAGUAUUCAACCUGACGGAGGACAGCAGUGACAGGAAGAACCAGCUCAUUCUGGGCGUGAUGGGGAUCGACGUGGCUCUCAACGACAUCAAGAGGCUGACGCCGCGAUACAACCUCGGAGCAAAUGGUUAUGUCUUCGCCAUCGACCUGAACGGCUACGUCCUGCUACACCCCAACCUGCAGCCCCAGAUCAUCAAUUUCCGUGAGCCGGUAACACUGGACUUCCUGGACGCUGAGCUAGAGGAUGACAACAAGGAGGAGAUCCGGAGAAGCAUGAUUGAUGGGAACGACGGGCAGAGGUUCAUCAAGACCCUCAUCAAGUCCCUGGACGAGCAAUACAUCGACGAGGUGUUCAGGACCUAUACGUGGGCCCCCAUCAAAAGCACCAACUACAG